UCGAACCCUAACUCUAUAAGUGUUUCACAUCUCCUUCUCUCGCAUAACCAAUUUCAUUUUCUUCUCUCUCCCAAAAGUAAUUUCCGUUCUUCUAAAAUUGUAACUCAGCUUCGUAACCCUAGAAAGUUUGCGAAUUUAAAAGAUGGAAUCAAACGGAGAGUUGGUGAAGUUUUUAGGCGAAGGUGCUUACGGUGCCGUCCAUCUCGUCAGAUACAUUCUUAGCGACGGUUCUUUCUAUCAUGUCGCCGUCAAAGGCUCUUCCCCCACGAACCGCGAUUCUCUCAACAGAGAGCUAAAGAUUCUGCGCGAACUCAGAGGCUGCCCGAGAAUCGUUACAUGCUUCGGAGACUCUUUGGAAGAAGGUUUAGGGUACGACAGACGCAAAGUCUACAAUCUGAUUCUCGAGUACGCACCCGAAGGGAGUCUUAGUGAUUUCAUGGACGGCUACAUCGACAGAAAACUACCUGAACCGCUUAUCAAAGACUUCACGCGGAUGAUUCUCGAAGGUUUGGUCUCUAUCCACGGUCACGGUUACGUUCAUUGCGAUAUCAAACCCGACAAUCUCCUUGUCUUCCCGUCCGGAGGAGAUGAUGAUGAUUCUUACGAGUUGAAGAUUUCUGAUUUUGGAGUCACCUUAGAAGUGGGAGACACUCCUGAUUACUGGAGUAUCUAUUCUCCUUUUGUGGGGUCGCCUCGUUACAUGCCCCCCGAGUCUGUCGAAAACGGCGUCGUUAAGGAAACCCUAGACCUGUGGUCGUUGGGGUGCUUGGUGUUGGAGAUGUAUACGGGUGAGAGGCCGUGGGAAGGGAUUGAUAACGAUCGUAUCGAGGCUCUUCUGCUUGGCGGUAAGGCUCCGGAGAUUCCGGAAAGCGUGCCUUGCGAUGCAAGAGAGUUUAUCCAAACGUGUUUCGCGAGGAACCCUGAGGAGAGAGGAAGCGCGUUUAAGCUGUGGUUUCAUAGGUUUCUUCUUCUUCGUCCACCGAAGGAGGAUAAGGUUAUCGCCGUUGCCGCUGCUGGAGAGAAGAGAGAUUCGUUGCCGUUGAGAAUCAGAGGAGCUUGGAAGGAUAUUACAAAGAAGCCCCUGAAAGCGAAGAUAUUUCCAUCGAAGCCUCCAAAGUCUAAGAAAAUUCUGAAUAGUCUACUGGGUUGCCUGGGUUAGAAACGCUCGGAUUCCAAUCUAGUUUCGGUUCAAUAAUUUCUGUUUUCUUUUAGUAUAUGUGUAGAUGUAGUUUUCAUGUUGAUGCAAAUAUUGUUUUCA